AUGAAUACGAUCCGAUCUACCUGUAGGGUUGGCUGGGGCACCCUUUGCCUUGCUGGCGGCGGAGCAUACUAUUUCGCGAAGAAAUCCAUCAAUGCCGACCGACAGGCCCGAUUCGAAGCCGAAGUCAAGCGCAAGGCUCAAAUGAAGCGUAUGGAGGAUGAGCACAAGCGCCAAGUGCAUUUGCCGCCCAAGGGAACCCCGGGCAACACUAGCUUGGAGCAAGUAAGCUUCCAGAACGUCGAAGACGACGCCGCCUCGCCUAGUCUCGAAGCCUCCCAUGAUCCGGCGCCCACUCGGCACGAACCCUUGACCGAGGCCGAGCGUGUGUUGGAGAAAGGGAAGUACGAAACGGCACAGCCCUACCGGCCUCCGAGUGGCAACCGGUUUAGCUGA